UAGUCUCCGUAUGGUGGUACGAAAAAGAGGACCUUUAAAAAAAAAAGUAGUUCACGACACAUCCUUAAAUUACUUUAAUCUUCGCGGAAGAAUGGAAUACAACGUAAAAAUAAUUGUCUGAUCUUCCUAAGUUCUAAUAGUCCGAUGUAGAUGACAUUUUGCGCGUAUGCUUGUCGUGUAAUGCAGAUCGUCACUGGCCCACAGGUCCGAUGGCAGCUAUAUGAUAAAGUGCGUACGACAUGAAUGCCAUGAUUUCUGCUGCUGUGCGCUACAGGAUAAUAUCGACUUCGAAUAUUAUGUUAAAUUCCGUCAUCGACUGUGUAUACUACUAAAAAAGUCAAUUGAAUGCAGCUAAGACCGUUUUAAUUUAAAGGACACAGUUGUGAGAACGGCUCAAUUCAAAAGUGUACAAAUGCCUUUCCCAUUAAUUUAUUAUUUUUGUAUUAUUUAUUAGAGAUUUAAAUAUGCUUUGAAAGCAGUGAACAUGUUUUAUGUGCAAAAAAUCUAACUAGUACUUAAGUAAACUAAAUAAGUGUUAAAAUGAUGGAACCCGAAAAAUGGCAAAUACGAAUAUAUUUGUGUUUACUAUUUGUCACUUUGUCAUAUUCAAAUCUAGGAAAAAUGACUUCAUCUCAGAAUCACUUUGGAAGUACCGUGCAGAGUCAAUUCAAUACCAAAAAUAAUACCCGUGUCAUCGCUCAGAAAGGAGGACUUGCUAUUUUGCCAUGUGUUGUUAAAGUAAACUCCCCGGCAACGGUUUCUUGGAUACGAAGAAGAGAUUUUCAAUUGCUCACAGUCGGAUUAUCAACACAUAGUAGUGACAAAAGAUUUUUAGUUGAGCACACACGUCAUAUGGGCCAUUGGUCGCUAAGAAUUAAGGCUGUCAAAGAAGAGGACAAAGGGUUUUAUGAGUGUCAAUUGUCAAUUUACCCUACGCAAUCAAUUUUUAUAGAAUUAAAAAUAGUUGAAGCGGUUGCCGAAAUAUCGAAUGCUUCUGAUAUUCUUAUUGACGAAACUUCAACCCUUCAACUACAAUGUAAGCUUAAGGGUGCCACGGAGAAUCCUUCUUUUGUCUUUUGGUAUCACGAAAAUAAAAUGGUGAACUAUGACGCUCAAGGCGGCUUCGUUGUAACAUCGGUUACAGAAAAUGCCCUUCAUGGUCAAGAAAAUGGACAGGGCUUUCUGUCAAAAGCCGGUGGAAAAACAAAAGUAUUUCGCGGAGCAAUGGAUUUUAAUGCCAGCAGUGCUAUUGCAACUAGUGAUGCGGGCCCUUCUAUUUAUACAUCACCUAUGACCCCUUUGUCGACAUUACAAGUACAGCAACACAAAUCCCCGUAUCUUCCAAAUUCGUCAAUGAGUGUGCUAACCAUAAAAACUGUCACAUUUCAUCAUGCUGGCAACUACACCUGUGCGCCCUCAAAUGCGCGGCCAGCAAGCAUUACGGUGCAUGUCCUAAGGGGAGAGAAGCCAGCCGCUAUGCAACAUGCAAACCGAAGUAUUCUCGACGGCGAAAAUAAUUCGAAUAACACUGUUAGCCUCAACAGUAUAAAAGGAUUAAAUGGUACAAAUAGUCUUGUCAUUACUGUACCGUCACUUUUUUUAUUUAUUGUAUGUGUAUUAGCAAAUUUGCUUUCUGUGUUCCAAUUACAAAAUGUUAAUAGCUGAAACUGUUCGUAAAUAGUAAUUUUAGUCAGUUGACUUUAGCAAUUGUAUUUUUAAGAAUUGUAUAUAAAUAUAAACUCAUGCAUACCAUUAUGAUAUUAAUAUUAA